GAGGCGCCGGCAGAUGGCGAUGGGGCGCCCGUGGGCCGCUCUGUCCCAUGGUCGCACCUUUGUGGUGUCUGGCAGCCGGCACAGCCGCUGCACUUCCGGGCGCUGCUCAAGGUGAGCCGGGGUCUCCCAGCACCCCUUCUCCCGUAAGUAAGGAGCAGCACCUCCCACUUAAGCUCGCACCCUGGGGUGUCAAGUACCGGGAUCAGGUGCGUAUGUUGGAGGCCGAGUAGCGCCGGAGAAGGCAGAGUCGUCCGGACGCCUGCGUCCUGGUGAGGCCCAGCCGGCUUGAGACCCGGUGCUCCUGCCCUGCUGGGCGGGGGAGGUGGCGCCUCUGGCCUCCAGGCGUCCUGGCCGUCCGGAAGCGGAGCGUGACUCCUCCCCGUCGUCCCUUCGGUCCCCGCCAGGCGGCAUCCUCAGUCGUGAGGUUGUGAACUUUGGCCACCACGGGCUUGUUGCGACUGGCGUGGAGAAAGGCGGAGACACCACUUGGAAUAAAUUUUCCUCGUGGACUGUUUUUCAGCCUCAGGAUCUCCAGGAAUACAUGUGCAAAUACCUGUGUUCCACUCCCAAAGAUCCUGAUUCCGGACUUCUGGGGCGGGGCCUGGAAAUAGGCAUCUUAAAUUGCCGGUCCAAGUUGAUGCGCAUAGUCUGCAGACCUCAACUUCUGAAACACUGGUAUAUAACUGGUGGAGAGGAGUAAUUACAUUGGUUUGGCUAUAGGACUGUUUAUCUUCAGGAAGACUUCCAAGAGGAAGUGCUUCUAAGUGGGCUUUGUAAUGAGAUCCCAAAAUACCCACUGGUUCUUUGCCCUGCAGUGAUGAAUUCCCGCUCCUGCCACCACCAGGAUGCAGAAGAUCUCAGUGCUACUGUUCCUGCUCUGGGUCAGCUUCCUCUUCUACGCUGGCAUUGCCCUCUUCACCAGUGGCUUUCUGCUCACCCGUUUGGAGCUCACCAAUCAUAGCAGUUGCCAAGAACUGCCAGGCCCCCGGUUUUUGCCAUGGAGAAGCCAGGGGGAGCCGGGGGCCUGCUGGAUGGCUUCCCGUUUCUCCAGAGUUGUGUUAGUAUUGAUAGAUGCUCUUCGAUUUGACUUCGCCCAGCCUCAGCAGUCAGAGGUGCCUGGGGCGCCUCCUGUCUCUCUGCCCUUCCUGGGAAAACUGGGCACCUUGCAGAGGAUCCUGGAGAUUCAGCCCCAUCAUGCCAGGCUCUACCAGUCUAAAGCUGACCCUCCUACCACCACCAUGCAGCGCCUUAAGGCUCUCACCACUGGUUCGCUGCCUACCUUUGUCGAUGCUGGCAGUAACUUUGCCAGCUAUGCCAUAGUGGAAGACAAUCUGAUCAAGCAGCUCACCAGUGCAGGAAGGCGUGUAGUUUUCAUGGGAGAUGAUACCUGGAAAGAUUUAUUUCCUGGCGCUUUCUCCCAAGCUUUCUUCUAUCCGUCCUUCAAUGUCAGAGACCUACACACAGUGGACAAUGGCAUCUUGGAACACCUCUACCCAACCAUGGACAGUGGUGAAUGGGACGUGCUGAUUGCUCACUUCCUGGGUGUGGAUCACUGUGGCCACAAACAUGGCCCUCACCACCCUGAAAUGGCCAAGAAACUUAGCCAAAUGGACCAGGUGAUCCAGGGACUUGUGAAACGUCUGAAGAACGACACACUGCUGGUGGUGAUUGGGGACCAUGGAAUGACAAUGAAUGGGGACCACGGAGGGGACAGUGAACUGGAGAUCUCAGCUGCACUUUUUCUAUACAGUCCCACAGCCCUCUUCCCCAGCAGCCCACCAGAGGAGCCAGAGGUAGUUCCUCAAAUCAACCUUGUGCCAACGCUGGCCCUGCUGCUGGGCCUGCCCAUCCCAUUUGGGAACAUUGGGGAGGUGAUAACUGAACUGUUCUCAAAAGUUGAAGACUCCCAGCUUCAUUCCUCUGCUCUUGCCCAAGCCUCAGCUCUUCAUCUCAAUGCCCAGCAGGUGUCCCGAUUUCUUCAUACCUACUCAACUGUGGCUCAGGACCUCCAAGUUAAGGAGCUUCAUCGGCUGCAGAACCUCUUCUCCAAGGCCUCUGCUGACUACCAGAGGCUUGUGCAGAGCCGUCAGAGGGCAGAGGCAGCCUUCCAGAUUGUGAUUACUGAGCUGCAGCAGUUCCUGCGGGGUGUUCGGGCCAUGUGCCUUGAGUCUUGGGCUCGUUUCUCUCUGGUCCGCAUGGCAGGGGGUGCUGCUCUCUUGGCUGCUGCCUGUAUUCUCUGUCUGCUGGUAUCACAAUGGGCAACAUCCCAGAGCUUCUGCUUCCAGCCUCUCCUAAUACCUGUGGCCUGGGGACUGGCUGGGACUCUUGUGUGUGCUGGACUCCUACUAACUACUGGCCUGAAGCUAGAUCCAGUAGUGCUAGGGGCCCUGGCUGCUGUGGGUUCACUUCUGCCUUUCCUAUGGAAAACCUGGCCUGGUUGGGGGUCCAGGUGGCCUCUUACUGCUCAGCUUCCCAUCCCUGGGCCCGUCCUAUCACUCCUACUUAUUCGCUUUGCUGCUCUCUUUUCUGAUAGCUUUGUUGUAGCUGAGGCCAGGGCUACUCCCUUUCUUUUGGGCUCACUCAUCAUGCUCCUGGUUGCCCAGCUUCACUGGGAGGGCAAAUUGCUGCCAGCGAAGCUACUCACAAUACCCCGCCUUGGCUUUUCUGCCCCAGCAGGCCCCGCUAGGCACAGUGGCGGUCAUGCUCUGGGGCUUGGGGUUGGGUUGCUUUUAUGUAUAAGGCUAGCUGGGCUAUUUCAUCGCUGCCCAGAAGAGACCCCUGCCUGCCGCUCCUCUCCUUGGCUGAGUCCCCUGGCAUCUAUGGUGGGUGGUCGAGCUAAGAAUUUGUGGUAUGGAGCUUGUGUGGCAGCACUUGUGGCCCUGUUAGCUGCACUGCGCCAGUGGCUUCACCGCUAUGGUAAUCUCAAGAGUCCUGAGCCCUCCGUGCUCUUUGUGCGGUGGGGGAUGCCCCUGAUGGUAUUGAGCACUGCUGCGUACUGGGCACUGGCAUCGGGAGCAGAUGAAGCACCCCCACGUCUCCAGGCCCUGGUUGCUGGGGCAUCGGUGAUGCUGCCUAGGGCUGUGGCAGUAUUGGCCGCUUCCGGGCUCAUGCUGCUGCUCUGGAGGCCCGUGACGGUACUGGUCAAGGCUGUGGCUGGGGCCCCAAGGACCAGGACCAUCCUCACUCCCUUCUCAGGCCCUCCCACUUCUCAGGCUGACCUGGAUUAUGUGGUUCCUCAAAUAUACCGACACAUGCAAGAGGAGUUCCGGGGCCGGCUAGAGAAGAACAAAUCUCAAGGCCUCCUGACUGUGGCUGCCUAUCAGUUGGGGAGUGUCUACUCAGCUGCUAUGGUCACGGCCCUCACGCUCUUGGCCUUCCCACUUCUGCUGUUGCAUGCAGAGCGCAUUAGCCUUGUGUUCCUGCUUCUGUUUCUGCAGAGCUUCCUUCUCCUGCAUCUGCUCGCUGCUGGGAUACCCAUCACCACCCCUGGUCCUUUUACUGUGCCAUGGCAGGCAGUUUCUGCUUGGGCCCUUAUGGCCACACAGACUUUCUACUGCACGGGCCACCAGCCCGUUUUUCCGGCCAUCCACUGGCACGCAGCCUUCGUGGGAUUCCCAGAGGGUCAUGACUCAUCCACCUGGCUGCCUGCUUUGCUGGUGGGAGCCAACACCUUUGCCUCCCAUCUCCUCUUCGCAGUAGGUUGUCCAUUGCUCCUGCUCUGGCCCUUUCUAUGUGAGAGUCAAGGAACUCGGAAGAGAAGGCAGCCCCCAGGGAGUGAAGCUGAGGCCAAAGCCAGGCCUGAGGAGGAGGAGGAGGAGCCACUGAUGGAGAUGCGGCUCCGUGAUGCACCUCACCACUUUAAUGCAGCAUUGCUACAGCUGGGCCUCAAGUACCUCUUCGUCCUUGGUAUUCAGAUUCUGGCCUGUGCCUUGGCAGCCUCCAUCCUCCGCAGGCAUCUCAUGGUCUGGAAGGUGUUUGCUCCCAAGUUCAUUUUUGAGGCUGUGGGCUUCAUUGUGAGCAGCGUGGGACUUUUCCUGGGCAUCUCUUUGGUGAUGCGAGUGGAUGGUGCUGUGAGCUCCUGGUUCAGGCAGCUAGUUCUGUUGCAACAGAGGUAGCCUAGGUUGCAGAUGCUGGUUCCUGGCUAUGGGGCGAACUAGAGAACAGUCUAGCCUGGCCGCUAUGGGUGCUGGAUCAUCUGCAAGAGAGGCUCAUCUAUACUUCUCACCACCAUGCAGCCAAGAGCUACUGGCAUCUGGGACUUCAUUAUUUAUAAUUCAAAAUUAUAGUGGGGUCUGAUCCCUAAGUCCCACUUUGGAUCCAUCUGAUGGGCUGGGGGAUGGCCUCCAAAGUGGAAUAAAAUAAUAAUGUAAAUAUGUGUGUCUGAGAUGUGGGUAAACCCCCACUGUCCUUAUAAGGGGCCAGAGGGAGGAUCAGUCUCCCCUCCCACCAUAGACCUGACUGUACCUGAGAACCUUUGGAAAAUGUUUGGGUUGUCUGAACUCACUUGCCCUGCUUUUCCCAUAUCACUCCUGUUUCCAUCCUGUCAUUUUCCUUUGUCAUGCAAGGUAUUCAGUUCCUAAGCUUUGACAGAUGACAGAUAGCCAAAAAGACACAUCCAGGUGUUGUGUAGCACAGAUUGCCUGAGGCCCAGAAGUACUGUGUUUCCUCCUCACUAUGGUCUUCACUUUUUUGGAGGCCUCCUAAUUUAACAACCUAUGCUGCAUUCAGUCAGAACUACUUGCCCAUUUUAUACAGCAUUUCACCUGUUCUGAUUAUUCCUGACCUGAGCCAAAACUGUAUGAAUCUAAUAUUCCUCAUAUAUGUGUCCUUUGACCUCCAUCUACCUCACAACUGCUGUGUCGUGGUGUGCUGGCAAAGAAAUCCUCGUGGAAAUGUCCAUCAAAGGAGUGAGAGAAGCUCUUUCCCCUCAAAUUGAUGGCUACAACUACUAAGCAUCAUUUAGUGAUCAGUGACCUUGUACGGAUAAAAAUGACCAUCCUUAGCUCCCAUCAGACUUCAGAUCCAGUCCCCUGACCUUGUUUCUCAGUUAAGUCUUCUGCUCCUUUUUUUGGGUGGAGGGAGCCCUUUCCUAAAGCCCAAGGAUAGUUUGUUGAGCUGACACUAUUUCCUUUUUCUCCUAUCCACAAGAUUUUUUUUAGAGAACAAUAGUACAUUGGUUUACACUAUUAUUUCUAUCCAUUUUACUUGACAUCAGAGAGCCUUUAAAA